AUGGCCACCAACGGCGCAUCAGGGGAGACGGAUCUCUAUGCCAUCCUGGGCAUAAGCAAAGAUGCUACAAAGUCUGAGAUCAAGAAAGCAUACCACAAAGCAGCGCUACAGCAUCACCCUGACAAGGUAGCGGAGGACCAAAGAGAGGAAGCGGAUGAGAAGUUCAAGACAGUGAGCCAGGCCUACGAAAUUCUUUUUGAUGAGGAGAAGAGGGAAAUGUACGACGUUCACGGUAUGGCUGCAUUUGAUGGAAGUCGACCUGGUAUGGGAGCAGGCGGAGUUGAUUUGGAUGAUAUUUUGGCGCAAAUGUUCGGUGGAGGUAUGGGUGGCAUGGGAGGUAUGCCGCCUGGAUUUGGGGGACCUGGAGGCCCACGAAAACCACGAAGAGGAGCGGACGAAGAGCAGCCAUACAAAAUCACCCUCGAGGACCUGUACAAGGGAAAGACAGUGAAGUUUACGAGCAAGAAAAACGUAAUUUGCAGCCAUUGCAAAGGUAGUGGAGGAAAAGAGAAGGCCAAGCCAGAAACCUGUGGCAGGUGUAAGGGUAGUGGUGUCACCGUUGGUCUAAGAAGCGUUGGACCAGGACUUGUUACCCAAGAAAGAGUUACGUGCGACACUUGCUCAGGAGCUGGUACAAACUAUAGGGAGAAGGACAAGUGUAAGAAGUGCAAAGGAAAGCGUACCACCAAGGAACAAAAGUCAUUGGAAUUAUAUAUACCCAGAGGUGCUAGAGACGGAGAGCGAAUUGUUCUGGAGGGUGAGGCUGAUCAGGUACCUGAUCAAACUCCCGGCGACAUCGUCUUCAUUCUCGAUGAAGAAGAUCACGAAAUCUUCCAGCGAGCUGGCGAUGAUCUUUCUGCGGAGCUCAACAUCACUUUAGCUGAAGCUCUCACAGGCUUUUCAAGAGUGGUCUUGAAACAUUUAGACGGACGUGGUAUCUCGAUAAACCAUCCUCAAGGAAAGGUAUUGGAGCCUGGGCAAAUCUUGAAGAUAGAGGGCGAAGGUAUGCCUUUGAAGAGAAGCGACUCCAAGGGUGAUUUGUACUUGAUCGUAAAAAUCGAAUUCCCUCAGAAUGGUUGGACAGAAGAUGCUGCUACAUUCUCCACUCUGCAAUCAGUCUUGCCUAAACCUGAGCCUCCAAUUACGGCUGAGGAGAUUGAUGAGGUGGAAUACGAUUCAGAUGCCGACAUUGAAGAUUUCGGUGCAAAUUCUGGAGACCCUCGUGCUGGUGGCGAGUGGGAGGAUGAUGAUGAGAAUGAUGAAGGAGGUGCUCAAUGUGCUACUCAAUUUCGCUGGAGAUUGUAUCAACCAACGACAAACAAUCGACAACCCGACGACAAGAUGGUUUCCGCUAAGAAGCACGUUCCUAUCGUCAAGAAGCGCACCAAGCGUUUCCACAGACAUCAGAGCGAUACCUACAAAUGUGUCGACGCAAGCUGGAGAAAGCCUAAGGGUAUUGAUAACCGUGUCCGAAGACGUUUCAAGGGACAAAUGGUUAUGCCAUCGAUUGGUUUCGGUUCCAACAAGAAGACCCGCCACAUGAUGCCAUCCGGACACAAGGCUUUCCUCGUCAACAACACAUCCGACGUCGAGCUUCUCCUUAUGCACAACAAGACCUUCGCCGCAGAGAUCUCCCACGCCGUUUCAUCGAGAAAGAGAGUUGAGAUUGUUGCACGCGCUAAGGCACUUGGUGUUAAGGUCACCAACGCCAAGGCCAGAGUUACUACUGAGGUUUAA